AUGCACUAUGGUGGUUGUGGCUGUGACUGUGGCUAUGGCUCAGACUUUGGCUGUGGAUAUGGCUUUGGCUAUGGCUGUAGAUACAACUGUUGUUAUGGCCACCACUAUGGAUGUGGAUAUGACUUGGGCUGUGAUUGUGGAUAUGGGUCCUGCUAUAGCUGUGGCUACGGCUGUGGCUAUGGCUCAGGCUAUGGCUGCGGAUAUGGCUCUGGCUAUGGCUGCGGAUACGGCUCCCGCUAUGGCUGUGGUUAUGGCUCUGGCUAUGGCUGUGGAUAUGGCUCUGGCUACGGCUGCGGAUAUGGCUCUGGCUACGGCUGCGGAUAUGGUUCUGGCUACGGCUGUGGAUACGGCUCCCGCUAUGGCUGUGGCUAUGGCUCUGGCUCUGGCUGUGGAUACAGACCAUUUUGCUACAGAAGAUGCUAUUCUUGCUGCUAG